CGAGUCUGCACUUGCAUUUGAAAGCGUGGGCGGCAAGCGGAUACGGAAGCUUCUUGUGGACAUGAGUAGGAUCAUGAAUGGCAAGGGCAAUUCAGGCGUAUUCUUGCAAUACGUCCAUUCAAGGCUUUGUGGUAUCGAACGAAAGUCGAACGUACGGUACAAUCCUGAUGCAGAUCUCUCGCUUGUUCAAGGGUAUACUGAAGCAUUAAAUUUGUGUCUGGUCAUCGCAGAAUGGCAAGAUAUCCUUUCUAUGCUACAGGGUACAUUGGAUCCCUUUAUCCUUGUCUCUCAUUUGUUCCGCCUUGCAACAGAGAUUAGUCAGGCUAACCGAGUAUUACGUGUUAAGGAUAUGGAGCCAGCAGUGGCUGAAGCACGGUGGUUACUAUUUUGGGCUGCAAAACAGGUGCUAGAACAAGGGUUAGGGCUCCUUGGUUUAGAAUUUGUAGAAUUCAUGUAGUCUAAAGAUAAAUAUGAUAGCACAGCAGCC